GUCAUAUCAGCUGUUUUGUCGUUGAUGUAAACACGGUUUUGUGAAAAUUUUCGACGCGUUCGUAGUUUUUUACUAUUUAUAAUUCGAAAUUGUGAAACCAUGUACGAAUAACCAGUGAUAGUGUUAGCUUCGGGCUGAUUCUUGGGAGGCAAGGAACGGAGGAAGGCUAUUGCACAUCUCCACGCCACAACAAGUGAGUGUCUACGUCCAGGGCACGGGAGGCGGCAUCGAACUCGGACUCGGAUCUGACCAGCCCAGAGCCUUGAGCUGGAACUAGCGGCGGAGUUAGAAGCAGAAGCAGAUAAGUCGCGGCGGCGUGGCGUCGACGAAUGCUCGAUAUCUUCUUCUCGACAGCGAUUUGCUGCCACGAUCAGUCGUUGCUGCGCACUCGUGUUCGGUGGACGUGUUCCUUCCUUUGAAGCUUCCAUCCACCUCUGUUCAACGUUUAAGUUUCUGCAAACGACCGGUCGUGUGACACGCUCGAGAUCGAAAUUUCCUGGAAGAAUCGCUCCAGCGUCAUCAUCUCUGAGGCUCUCCAGGAAUUCCCAAUUCAAUCCGCGUGCAAAAAGCUAUCUGUACCAAUCGUAAUUGAGUGUCCAGUGAAUUUCGAAAACGUGUCUCGAGAGGUUGUAAAGCGUUUCGAGGGGAAGGUUGUAAAUCAGUGGCCCAAUAAUUCGCUAGCCUACAGUGUUCCAUCUUGUGAGUGAAAUUCUUUAUCACAAGUCAACUCAAGUCGUUGACUCGGUAGAAAAUAAGUUCCAACGUGGAAUUGUGUGGUGCCGAAGCGUUUCCCCGGGGAUACAAACGGCUCUUAUAAAUCAUAUCUAAGGCUUUAGCACAAAAGCAGUGACAGCAGUCCCCGAAAACACAACAUGGUAAUCUCCAAGAUAUGCUGCAUCGGGGCCGGGUACGUGGGAGGUCCCACGUGCAGCGUGAUGGCGCUCAAGUGCCCGGACAUCAAAAUAACUGUCGUCGAUCGGAGCGUGGAAAGGAUCGCCCAGUGGAACUCGGACAAGCUGCCAAUUUAUGAGCCCGGUCUGGACGAGGUGGUCAAACAGUGCCGCAAUAGGAACCUGUUCUUUUCGACCGACAUCGAAACGGCCAUCCAGGAAGCGGAGCUCAUUUUCAUUUCGGUCAACACCCCGACGAAGACCUACGGCAAUGGACGGGGCCGGGCGGCUGAUCUCAAAUUCGUCGAGGGCUGUGCCCGAAUGAUUGCCGAAAUGUCUCAGAACAGCAAAAUAGUCGUGGAGAAGAGUACGGUCCCGGUUCGGGCGGCCGAAAGUAUUAUGCACAUUUUGAAAGCUAACCACAAGCCGGGUGUGAAAUAUGACAUCCUCUCGAAUCCGGAAUUUCUCGCCGAGGGAACUGCGAUCGAGGAUUUGAUGAAACCUGAUCGGGUGCUAAUAGGUGGCGAGGAGACCCCUGAAGGUCAGGCAGCCAUAGAAAAAUUGUGCUGGGUAUACGAGCAUUGGAUUCCGAAAAAGAACAUUCUCACAACCAACACGUGGAGCUCAGAGCUGUCCAAGCUGGCGGCAAACGCAUUCCUAGCGCAAAGAAUAUCUUCCAUCAACUCGCUAUCUGCCGUUUGCGAGGCAACGGGUGCCGAUGUAUCGGAAGUGGCCCGUGCUGUUGGUCUGGAUUCAAGAAUCGGACCUAAAUUUUUACAAGCUUCUGUAGGAUUCGGAGGCAGUUGCUUCCAGAAAGAUAUUCUCAAUUUGGUGUACAUUUGCGAAGGACUUAAUCUGCCUGAAGUUGCCGCCUAUUGGCAGCAGGUUAUCGAUAUGAACGAAUACCAGAAGACACGCUUCUCCCAGAAGAUCAUCGAAUGUCUGUUCAAUACCGUUACCGAUAAACGGAUAUCGAUUUUGGGCUUUGCAUUUAAGAAAAAUACCGGAGACACCCGGGAAACUCCUGCCAUCACAGUAUGCAAAACACUGCUGGACGAAGGUGCUCAACUGAACAUUUACGAUCCUAAGGUUGAACCGGAGCAGAUGAUGGCUGAUCUGACGCAUCCGAAGGUGACCGAAAGCCCCGAACAUGUUAAGAAGGUGGUUCAAAUUUUCUCGGACCCUUACGAUGCGGUGCGUGGAACCCAUGCCAUCGUUGUAUGUACCGAAUGGGACGAGUUUACCAACCUCAAUUACGAGCGAAUUUACCAGUCCAUGAUGAAGCCAGCCUACAUCUUCGACGGGCGUAAAAUCCUGCCACACGAACGGCUGCAGCAGAUCGGCUUCCACGUGCAAACCAUCGGCAAGAAGUUGAACCGGAACAUCCUAACCCGAUCUUGGGGCAGUAUCCCUCAGCUGUAAUUGCGACGUACCCAGUUUUUCCCGGAUAGAAGAAGGUAAUGUGCAGAAGCACAAACAGCGCCAGUCGCUUGGUUUAUUCUAUUUCUAGUACCAGAACAUAGUAUUAUGACGACUGUUGCAUCUUGUCUAGCCUAUCGGAUACAGUCAACUGAUCGGUGACUAAACAACGGUUCCCCAGUUGAAAAAGUUCAUUAGAAUUAUUUAUGAUAGUAGCCUAUACUUCUCUCACGGAAUCGGAACUUUUCUUACCUACUAUCUUCUAUUUACUUGCUAAGUUCUGCCUUGCUCACGGAUUAAAAACUUAAGCAAACGGUUGCAAUAUCUGUAUGUACCAUACACUACACUUUAGCGAUUUAUAUGCUUUUAACAUUGGCAUUGAAAUAUUGCAUAUUGACUUGUAACUUAUAUUCAAAAAACACGCUGUGUGAACCAUGAAAUUUUCACACUCUCUUCAAGUAAAAAGGUUGAAAACGCUACAAUCAUUCAAUAAAUUUUGAAUUGUUUGUGAAGGAGCUAAA